AUGGCCACGGAGCAAUUAAUGUCCAGUGGCGGCCCUCGAUACGUUCAGAUGAAAUCAUCGCCACCGCCGUCGCCACCGGCUGCGGCUGCUGAGGAGAUGUCAUCGGUUCCAUCGUUCCGGCACAGCAGCGCAGAGGCCAAUCGGAUUUUCGAGGAAUUGCCGAAAGCCUCCAUCGUUUCGGUGUCCCGCCCCGACGCCGGCGAUAUCAGCCCCAUGCAACUCUCUUACACCAUUCAGGUUCAGUACAAACAGGGAAUCUCUGAUCGCGAGCACUGCAGCCAAUUGUGUGAAGCUAAAGCAAGCGAAAUCCAAGGAAAUUGGAUCCUUUAUUUGCAGCCGAUUGCUUCUUCGUACGCUGUGUUUUUUAAGUGGGAGCUAAUGAAGAAAGCUCAUCAAGUAUUUAUUUUGCAUUUUGCGUUAAAGAAACGUGCCUUCAUUGAGGAGAUCCAUGAGAAGCAAGAGCAGGUUAAAGAAUGGCUUCAAAAUCUAGGAAUUGGAGAACACAAUGCUAUGGUGCAAGAUGACGAUGAAGGUGAUGAUGAAACUGUUCCGAUCCAUACUGAUGAAAUUCAUGAAAGUGCUAAGGACAGAGAUGUUCCAUCUAGUGCUGCUCUACCAAUUAUUCGACCAGCCUUAGGAAGACAGCAGUCUAUUGCAGAGAGGGCAAAGAGAGCAAUGCAAGGAUAUUUGAAUCACUUUUUGGGAAAUAUCAGUAUUGUCAACUCUCCUGAGGAUUAUUUGUUAGGUAAGGUCGAACAUGAUGUGUUUCUUUACUACUCUGGCAAUGGAAUGCCACUAUUGUGGGGGUGGCGAGGGUCAGAUACUCUGAUGCACACAUCCAUACCCCUCAUUAGCAGAGCGGCUUGGAAUCCAUCAGUACUAAAUCACAAGCAAGUUUGCAAGUUUUUGGAGGUAUCAAAGUUAUCCUUUUCACCUGAAUAUGGCCCUAAGCUGAAGGAAGAAUAUGUGAUGGUGAAGCAUCUGCCCAAAAUCCAGAAGGAUGAUGAUUCCAGAAAGUGUUGUUUGUCUGACUGUUUCAGUUGCUGUAAUGACAACUGGCAAAAGGCAAAGAAUCCUGCUUGUGGAUAUGCUUCUCUUAUCUUGGUGUGGGCUGUACUGAAACCUGGAUUUUUGGCAUUGCUGGCAGACCCUUUCGAUAUGCAACCUCUGGACAUAAUUGUUUUUGAUGUACUGCCAGCCUCGGAUGGGAACGGGGAUGGUCGUUUAUCACUGGCAAGUGAAGUGAAGGAACGGAAUCCUUUACGCCAUUCAUUCAAGGUGGCUUGUGGAAUCCGGAACAUCAGAAUUAGAGUAAAAAAUAGAAAUAAAGUUAAAGAUUGGGUUGCAGCAAUCAACGAUGCUGGCCUCAGGCCUCCUGAAGGCUGGUGUCAUCCUCACCGUUAUGGUUCAUAUGCUCCUCCAAGAGGCUUAGUUGAAGAUGGAAGUCAAGCCCAGUGGUUUAUUGAUGGGCGAGCAGCAUUUGAGGCCAUUGCUUCUUCAAUUGAGGCUGCAAAAUCAGAGAUAUUUAUCUGUGGGUGGUGGCUGUGCCCUGAACUGUAUCUAAGACGACCUUUUCAAACUCAUGCUUCAUCAAGGCUUGAUAAUUUGUUGGAAGGAAAAGCUAAGCAAGGGGUUCAGAUUUAUAUUCUUCUCUACAAAGAGGUGUCUCUAGCUUUGAAAAUCAACAGUGUUUAUAGCAAGAAAAAGCUUCUUAGCAUUCACGAGAAUGUGAGGGUAUUACGCUAUCCUGACCACUUUUCUACUGGUGUUUACCUGUGGUCACAUCAUGAAAAACUUGUCAUUAUUGAUAACCAUAUUUGCUUUAUUGGAGGACUGGAUUUAUGCUUUGGUCGUUAUGACACAUCUGAGCAUAAAGUGGGAGAUUUCCCUCCUCUAAUCUGGCCAGGAAAAGACUAUUAUAACCCAAGCUUUAUUCUAGCUGAGGCAAUACUUGCCUUGGAAACAGCAAGAAUUCCAAGAACGAUAAAGAAAGAAUCUGAACCAAAUUCAUGGGAAGAUACAAUGAAAGAUGAAUUGGAACGUGAAAAAUAUCCUCGUAUGCCUUGGCAUGAUGUUCAUUGUGCCCUUUGGGGACCACCUUGCCGUGACAUUGCUAGGCACUUUGUUCAGAGAUGGAAUUAUGCAAAGAGGAACAAAGCUCCAUACGAGGAAGCAAUACCAUUACUUAUGCCUCAGCAUCAUAUGGUUAUUCCACAUUACUUGGGACAAAGCCAAGAAAUACAGAUCGAAAGUGGGAACAUAGACAAUCAAAGAGUUCUUAAGAGAGAUGAUUCUUUUUCCUCAUCUUCCCAAGACCAAGAUAUUCCUCUACUUUUGCCCCAGGAGUCUGAUGGGUUGGAUACUCAUGAAGGAGACCAAAAAUUGAAUGGUGUAAUCUCCCCUUCUCAUCACCUUGACAAACCAAGAAGGAUCAGCAGUGGUCUUUCAUUUUCAUUCCGUAAGGCGAAAAUUGUAGCAGUUGGUCCAGAUACACCAAUGAAGGGCUUUGUAGAUGAUCUAGAUUCCGAGCAUGAUUGUGAAAAAAUGUCUCUGGAUAGAGUUGCUCAUUCUGAUUUACAAAAUACAGAUCCAGAAUGGUGGGAUAUGCAAGAACGGGGUGACCAGGGAGGUUUUCCUGAGGAAUCAGGACAAGUUGGUCCUCUUGCUUCCUGCUGUUGCCAAGUUAUUAGGAGUGUGAGUCAAUGGUCAGCUGGAACAAGUCAAACGGAAGAGAGCAUCCACAGUGCUUAUUGUUCUCUUAUUGAGAAAGCUGAAUACUUCAUUUACAUUGAGGGGAGGAUUGUCCUUCCUGGUCUUUCUGGAGAUGAGAUGAUACGGAAUCGUGUGCUAGAAGCUUUAUAUCGACGGGUUAUGCGAGCUUACAAUGACAAAAAAUCUUUCAGGAUUAUAAUUGUCAUACCACUCCUGCCUGGCUUCCAGGGGGGGCUGGAUGAUAGUGGUGCAGCAUCUGUAAGAGCCAUAAUGCAUUGGCAGUAUCGAACCAUUUGCAGAGGACAGAAUUCUAUCUUGCAAAAUCUUUAUGAACUUCUUGGCCCUAAAGUACAUGACUACAUUUCUUUUUAUGGCCUAAGGUCUUAUGGUAGACUUAAUGGGGGCCCUGUGGCAACCAGCCAGGUGUAUGUUCACAGUAAAAUCAUGAUUGUUGAUGAUUGUAUAACUUUGAUUGGGUCUGCUAAUAUUAAUGAUAGGAGCUUACUUGGCUCUAGAGAUUCUGAGAUUGCUGUAGUUAUAGAAGACAGAGAGUUGAUUGGCUCUUAUAUGGAUGGAAAACCUUGGAAAGCUGGGAAGUUUUCCUUGACCCUCCGAUUGUCAUUAUGGUCUGAGCACUUGGGUCUCCCUACAGGAGAGGUCAAUCAAAUAAUGGACCCAAUUGUUGAAUCUACUUACAAAGAUAUUUGGAUGGCAACAGCGAAGUAUGCGCUUGAACUUGAUGGCAUGAAAAUUUUGCAGUUACCUGUGGACUAUCCCAAAGUCCUUUUAGAGUGCAGUGUGCUUGCCUUGGGAGAUGUCUUUUCUUGCGUGCCUAAUGAUCUGAUACACACCAGACAUGCCUUCAGACAAAGUGUGGCUUUUUGGAAAGAUAAGAUUGGUCACACGACCAUUGAUUUAGGAAUAGCCCCAGAAAAAUUGGAAUCUUAUCAUGAGGGAGGCAUUAAGAACACCGAUCCCUUGGAGAGAUUAGCAUCAGUGAAGGGUCACCUCGUCUCUUUUCCCUUGGAGUUCAUGUGUCAGGAAAGUCUGAGACCUGCAUUUAAUGAAAGCGAAUACUACGCUACUCAAGAUAAAGAAGUUCAAAGGCUC